GGAAUAAAACUAAAAGCAAAAGGCAAAAAAGCUUUUCUUUAUUGACUUGAUUACCUAAAGCAAUACCUGAACAAAGAAAAACGCAUCUCACUCUCCCCCUCACUCUGCAACUCCAGCCAUGAGUCUUUUUGGACUGGGCAGGAAGCUAGAUUCUUGGCAUGAUCUCUUUCUUAGCAGGCAUUGAUUGUGAGCAAAAAAGGAAAGAUAUUAUUUUUGUGAAUAAGUUUCCAAAAACCAAAGGACAUUCCGGCCCAAAAAGAGUGCACCAUCUGGGAGUAAGGGUGCACAACUUAGAAAGCACAUUGAUGCCACCUUAGGUAGUGGAAACCUGAGGGAAGCUGUAAGACUUCCUCCUGGGGAGGAUCUGAAUGAGUGGCUUGCUGUCAACACUGUGGAUUUCUUCAACCAGGUGAAUCUUCUCUAUGGUACCCUCACAGAGUUCUGUACUCCAGAGAACUGUUCUACAAUGUCUGCAGGCCCCAAGUAUGAAUAUAGAUGGGCAGAUGGAGUGCAAAUCAAGAAACCUAUUGAAGUUUCUGCUCCAAAAUAUGUUGAAUAUUUAAUGGACUGGAUUGAAGCUCAGCUUGAUGAUGAAUCCAUAUUUCCUCAAAAGCUUGGUGCGCCAUUUCCCCUCAAUUUCAAGGAGGUUGUUAAGACAAUAUUUAAACGUCUAUUCCGUGUAUAUGCACAUAUUUAUCACUCUCACUUUCAGAAAAUUGUGAGCCUCAAAGAGGAAGCUCAUCUGAACACAUGCUUCAAGCAUUUCAUACUGUUUACCUAUGAAUUUGGGUUAAUAGACAAGAAGGAGCUUGCACCUCUCCAGGAGCUCAUAGAAUCCAUAAUUGUUCCUUACUGAAUGUGGGGUAAGUCCAUCCCAAGUUCAAAGAUGUUAUAUUAGAGAUACAUAUUAAACUGAAUAAACUCUAUUUGAAACACAUAGCAAACUGAAAUAAGGAAACUGUGAUUAGCAAUUUCAAAUUGUGUUA